AUGGAAGGCAAAUACCGAGAAUGGCUCCAGCUAAUGAAAUGUUUGAAGAACAAUGAAACGGAAGCUGAAGUAAAGCGCUACGAAGAAUUCAUGCUGGCGCUGGGCAACUUCUCGGAACGAAUUGAAGAAGUAUGGGAACCCAUAGCCGUCAUAGAAGUCCAACUAGAUGAAAUCAGAAAUCUCUUGAACAGCAAUAGCAACGAAACUGAAAAUAUGACAGCGACAAAAACAACAAGCCCAACCGUUCCACCAUUUGACUUGCUAAAAAUCCAUCCGCCGAAUUUCAAUGGUGACCCAAUGACACUUCAAUCAGAAGAAGUAGUUAAAAGUAAACAUGUAGAUGAAGCGUGGACAAUGGAAACGUUACAAAAGUUAUUGAAAUAA